CCAUGAAUUAAAUUCUGAGAUGUGUAUCAAGUGUAGAAAAGCGUUUAAUAUUUGAGAGAGAACAAAACAAGAGAGAAAAUAGAUUAAGUUGGAAAUAAUAUCAAGCGAUUCAGUUCUCGAACUUGUCGCGUGUCUGUUUGUGUUUCAGUGAAAUGAAUGUUCAUGAACAAUGUGUUUCAGUGAAAUGAAUCAGUGACAAAGAAUGGAAACAUAAAUAUAGAUAUGGAAAAUCAAUCCUGAACGAAUAAAGCAACAUAUAGAGAGAAGUGUAAUCAAAUAACUGUUGAAUUGUUAGAGUUUUCAAGAUGAAUAAAGCUCAAACGAACCGCUGAAUUUGCCAUGCGCAACACAAUGGACAGAAUGCACCGACAAAACAGAAAAUGUUUGCCGCUGCUACGAUCUGCAGGAGUCUUAGCAGUCCUCUUACUAGGGAUGCGACUUCCCUCUACCUCGCUUCACGGAGCCCGUGGCCAACGUGACGGUGGUGAGGGGAAGAGACGCUACCCUCAAGUGUUCAGUGAGCAGCCUCAAGUGUUCGGGGGAACACACCAACAACUUCAAGGUUGCUUGGGUGAAGGCUGACACGCAGACGCUUUUAUCCAUCGAAGAGACGAUGAUCUCCCGGAACUACAGACUCCGCGUGACUCACAGCGACGCAAACACUUGGUUCUUACACAUCGGCAAGACGCAGCUGGCAGACCGAGGCUACUACAUGUGUCAAGUGAACACCAUACCCAUGCUCUUUAAUAAGGGGUACUUGGAGGUCAUUGUCCCCCCGAACAUCGUUGACGGGGAGACCAGUGGGGACGUGGAGGUUGGGGAAGACUCGCCCUCCUCGCUGCACUGCCACGCCACGGGCUACCCCGCCCCAACGGUCCGCUUCAAGAGGGAAGACGGCAUCCUCAUACGGCGGGGGGGAGCUAAUGGCGCCUCGGUGGUGAGCGAGACGGUGUCCCAGGGCGGGACGAUGUUGACCAAGACGACGCUGAGCUACGUCAGCACGGGACGGUCUGACAUGGGCCACUACCUCUGCAUCGCCAACAACUCCGUGCCGCCCUCUGUCAGCAAGCGCAUCACGCUCAACGUCCGGUCCGGGCGCUACACGGUGACCGAGUCUGUGGUGGGGGACACCCCCCCGGUGGUGGUAUCCACGAUACGCAUCGCCGGGGUGCAGGCCGGUGAUGUGAGCGCCUACACAUGCAGCGCUACCAUCAACAAUGACAGCUCCAGGAGCAAGAGUCUUACCGUGCAGCUCAACGACAUUUUCCUGCACCCGAACAUGCGUCAAGGUAACCUGGACCAGCCCCAGCACAGCCACGGUGCUGGGGUCAACGACAGAAGCGAGGCUAGCGGCGCCGCUGCGAUCACCGCGCAUCUAGCCACAUUCUUGCUGUUCGCUGUUCAAAAUUUAGUUAAAAUGACAAUAAUUAUGAAGGAAUAA